AUGAGUGCUUCGGGUAGUCUGGCUGACCAGACCGUUGUUCAUGCAUACCGUCACCUCUAUCGACAGGGGCUAAGAACCAUCAGAUAUGCCACUCCCGGCCGCCACGUUCUCCGUUCAACAUUGCGGACUUCCUUUCGCUCGACUCCACGCGAUGAGUUUGAUCCGUUGAAGAUCGCCAAUACUCUCCGCUUUCUCGAACGUGCCGCUGACGCCACGGGCUUCGAGCAUAAGAUCGUGAAGAACCUACUAUUUGCUAGGUAUUGGAAAAUGCCCAGUUUUGCUAAAGAGUCACGCACGCUACGGGCUCUGGGAAUCGGUAGACUGGAGACCCGAUUCCGCAAAAUUGCAUACCAGCAGUAUCAUUCGACCCUCGAGCGUCUUAAUGAGAGUCUAGGGACAUGUCUGAAAUGA